AUGAGUGUUUCCUGAAAAAGUGAAAAAAGUGAAAAUAAAAGAGUGAAAAUGGCAAAUUUGGCUGCCAUCAACCAGCUUCCAGUGGCUGGGAAAGGCCCCACAGCAUCAACCAACCUUAGUGCUUAUAGAGAUCAACAUUUCAAAGGGAGCCGAGGCGAGCAAGAACAUCUGCUGACGACCAGCACAACGUUGUACCUUGGAAAUCUAUCGUUUUACACAACAGAGGAACAGAUCCAUGAACUCUUUAGCAGGUGCGGCGACAUCAAAAGAAUAAUAAUGGGGUUGGAUAAACAGAAAAAGACGCCGUGUGGAUUUUGCUUUCUUGAAUAUUACACGAGAGACGAUGCCGAGAAUGCCUUACGAUAUGUGAAUGGAACACGACUUGAUGACCGUAUCAUUAGAACAGACUGGGAUGCUGGCUUCAAGGAAGGACGCCAGUUUGGUCGAGGGAAACAUGGCGGACAGGUGCGAGACGAAUACCGAACUGACUUUGACAGCGGUCGUGGAGGAUACGGGAAAAUGGUGAAAGAAAAAAUUACUCACAGCCAGCGGUUUACUCGUGCAGGACCUUAGAUUCUGGAUAUUGGGAGAAAUGGACUUUUAUUAAGAGAUUUUCUCACCGAUUUAAUGCUGGCUACCACUACUACCAGAGUCAUUACUUUCUCGGAAGACAUGUUAAGUUCAAUAGUUUCCAAAGAAGGCCCUUUACAUGCAUUCAAGUUCGCUAAGGCCCUUUCAAAUAUUUUGUGUCUGUACGUUCAACUUUGUUGUAUAUUUUGAAUCGGAAUAAAUCGGCCAUUUCAAUGUCAUUAGUACACUACAGUGUGUAUUAAAAGGAUGCCUUUAAAUGUAUUAAAAUGUAGUUUCUUUAUCUCCUCUGAAAAGUAUGAAAGUAACUAAGGUUGAUGGGCUUCUGUCCAGUAUGAACUGUACAUUACAUCAUUAAGCUGUUCAAACUACGAUAUGUUAACGCUCUGGUCUGCUGAACUCUCUCAUGUCAUAAUUUGUAUGAAAUAAACUAACACUGUU